GCUCACCUUCAGAAGCGCUCGCGUCAUUCUCUUUGUCGACCUGAAUCUGUGGCUUUCCAGCUCCUUCUGUGAUGUUGAGACAGAUUCAGUUUUCUCAAGCAAUAUAUUCAAGUAGUGAAGUUGUUUUUGUCUUUGCCACAGAAGCAACAGCAGACUCCCUUGCGACCGUGUAUGAUUAGUGGCCAGUUCUUUUGAGUUUUACUGUCUGGAUUUUUGAUCUGAAUCGGACAUACGACAAGAAGGCUUUUCUUCUUUUGCUUUCCAAGCAAAUUAUAGCGCCCUGCUUGCGUGGUCCCAGCGUCUAAUUCUUCUCAUCCUGUAGCAUUAUCGUAUUGCUGUAGCGGUAGCCUGAAACAACAAGCUCGAACCUUGUAGAACAAGUCUCGCUUCCUGCUCGGCCUCUGCCAGCAACAUUUUGAGAUAGUAUUCACAGUAGACGCACCAGACAUUAACAGCAAUUCCUCUCGUCAUCCUCGGGUAUCAAAUCUAAAAAUGUCUGGGUCUGGAAGAUUGCCAGGUUUGUCAUGCAUAUUUUGAAUGACCCAUGAUGUCUGUGAUGCAUGCCCUAGCAUCACAGAUUUUUAGAGGACCUUGUGAUGCCUCUACUGCAUGACAAAUGCCCUCUCCGCGUAGCACAAACUGGAGUCCUUUUGCUGGUCAUGCAAUACAAAUUUUUUUAGAAUCCAGAAACAGCAUUACAGGUUUAGAAUGUUCCAGACCCAGACAUUUUUACAUUUGAUAUCGGGAAGAACACGACAAAACCCGAAAGAAAAUGUUCUCCGUGACUAGCAAACUCGCUCUUGCCACCACCAGCUCCCUCGCGGUGCUUUCUGCUGCGGCCCCGGUUUUCGAGGAUACGCCUUUGACGACGGAAUUGUGGGCGUUGUGCAGCUAUGCAUUGCAAAUAUGUCUGGGUCUGGAAGGAUGUAACUUGUGAUGCUGCAUUUGCAUGCUACAAAAAUCUGUAUUGCAUGAAGUGCAAAAGAGGUCCAGUUUUUGCCAUGGCGAGAGGGCAUUUCUCAUGCGGUAUAGGCAUCAGGAAGCCCUCGCAAAAUCAGUGAUGCUGGGGCAUGCAUCACAGACGUCAGGAAUCAUGCAAAAUGUGCAUGACAAACCUUGCAUCCUUCCAGACCCAGACAUUUUUACACUUGAUAGCAGCAAGAAUGAGGACCGUACGGACGAGCAAAUGGAGGCGUUUCUGUACCAGAACCCGGACCUAGCACUAUUGAAAGGAAAAAUCCCCCCUCCCCAUAUCGAAAACGAAAUUUGUGAUGCAGUAUUUGAGUACACAAAUCGCAUUUGUCUUGCUGGAGAGGACUGCAGACCCAUAUCAAGCCUGAAUAGAGAGGCUGUGACUUAGGCGCUUAGCAUGAAAAGCGUCCGCGAUGUUGGCUCAACAGCAUGACAAACCGGCUCCAUAAUGGGACGGAAGCUGCUGCCCUUGUCUUCUUGCAACACACACGUGAUUUGUGACCUCAAAUCAGCAACACAAAUUUUCGAAAACCUACCUCUUCAAUAUGGGGAGGGGGGAUGUUUCCUUGCGAUAAGCACUGGCGCGCAGUGCGGACAAGCGUGGCGGGCUUUGGUGGGCAUGGGAGUAUCGAAAUAGAUAAACCUUUCGUCAAGAACAACAUUUAUUAUUCCGGUUGGUGUGCUGCAUGCAUCACAGAGUGCGUUGGUGCUAUCUAUGACGCGAAGGUCAUCUAUUUUUCUUGCAAGGCAAAGCAAAUUCCUAGCUUCGUGUAGUCCUCGAAUUUGGGAUCCAUGUACUUAUCAAUAUCAAAAAUCUUCAGGUACAAGAACAGCUUUGCACUGGCAGCGUUAAAAGCUUAUGGCGCGGAGCCCCUUAGCACGGAGGAAGACGACGAUGGGAACACACCGUAAAAAUUAUUAUGCGGAGUUUGUAAUGCUGAUGCUUUAUUUUCUGCACGGAACGAAACAGAAACUUACACGAUUGGCAGAAUCAUGAAGGACGUUCGAUGCGGAACUUCUUCGUAAAAGAUGAAGAAAAUAAAUAUAAUAUCAGGCAGCAAAUGUGCAGCGGCGAAGAGUGUGCGAACUUGUUGUCAUCGGUUGCAGACAUCGAGAAAGGGAUUUUGGACAGAAAAGCCGAGCGGGAAAAGCUAUCAGAACGGAAAGUUGUCAUUGACUAAACGGAACAUCAAAUGCGUCCUGUUGCUUGCCAUGCGAAACUACACAACCAAGAACAACGUGCACAAUUUGCAAGUCAGCUAUCUUAACCGAAAUGUCAGAUGACAGUACAUCGCAUCACAAACUGCCCAGAAUCAGGCGCUCCCAGCUCGUCGUGCCCUAAGCUCAUCAGCGGUUCCUCUUGUGUCGAGGCCUUUCCUCGGAGGUUGGUUUGGGCUUGGGGCGCCAGGCGAAUGGACGGCUUCGAGGCUACGUUGUGAUCGACAAACUGAGAUCGACGAUAAUAGCCUUGUUGCUGGUCCUGUGCCGGUCGCGGGGCAUGUUCGGGUGUUCCGGGCAGAGCUUAGUGCAACCCUCGGACCCCGCACCCCCCCGGGCUUGAGUUGCGCAGUCUUCUAAGCAGUACGCAUUUCUGUUAUUUAGCAUGAGAAAUAAUUUUCUGGAUGAUAGCAAAACGAUCAGGCCGCAAUGGACGAGGAUGAAGAUGAUGACGACUUGGAUGGCGAUGACGAGGAUACGGUAUGAAAAUUUGUGAUGCGGGUAGCCGAUCAACCUAUCGCAGUCGUUUUUGUGUUGAUGCAUUGCCGCUAUUAAGAAAAUUUGCAUGACAAACUAUCAGGGGCGCAUGAUGGGGAGCAAGGGGUCUGCUACGCCGCCGGGUAUGAAGGGACAUGUCAGCUGGACGAAAAGGUUGUUUGUGUCACAUUUAGAUGUUGUCAAGAAGCAUGAUCGUACGUAUUUUGCAUAGAUGCAUUUAAAUAGCAAGUUAUAUAUGAGUACGUGUCUAGUCUUCCACCAGGACGACCAGCGUCGCCGCAUGCUGUAGUGCAAUCAAUGACAGCAAAUUUGAAUUAUUUGACGCAAAUUAUCAGCCUUUUUCGUUUUGUUUGGAUAAUCAACUCGAAGAUUCCGGACAUCACAACGGAUGACGAUGAGGACGAGGACUUGUAAGAAAUCUGCGAACAUCUUCAAAAGCAGCUGCAAGUAGUACUACUGCAGCUCGGAAGUCGUCAUGCAGGGGGUCGUCGGGGUGGAAAAGCAUGAUAUAAAUGAAUCCUGCUCGGUCGAGCAGCACCAGAGCUGGCAUCUUCACAACUCGAACGCUUCAACAAAAUCUUCCACUUUUUGCAAGUACAAGCACUGUUGAAAAUUUUCAUCCACGACCUGGAAGUUGUAGCACCAACGGCGCAACGUCCGUUGUGGUAUGGAAAAAAUGUUCCGGUAUACAUAGGUUCUCUACUAAAACAAAAUGUACCAGACUUUAGGACUACUAAAAUGGCGCAUGGUUAACUGGAUUUACUUCUCGAUUACGCAGUCAUACAAGAAUAGCUACUUCUUCACUUUUACUUUUUGCUUGGAUCGACAAUUUAUUGAUUUGCAGAAUUGUAGAGGACGGAUCAAGAAUGCCAAUGUGCGAAGCUGUCGUAGAGCAGGGAAUAAUGAUAGCAACAUUUUCAGAAUGCUGCAACUAGCAAUUAUAGCGCAGGACGAGCUACCGCGUACUAGUCCCUGAAUUUUCCACGAAAUGACGGCACCGGAAGCUAGUCUCGACUACAAUACCGGAGAUGAUUUUCAAAUUCAAUCAUAAUAGCGGUUAACUCGAAGACGAAGACCGAUAUACAAUGUAGUUGAUGAGCUGAGCAAAGGACCUCGAGCUCAGAAGGAUCAGGUUAGGUUUUUCGAGCAUUUUUGCACAACUGGAUUGAGAAUUGCCAAGAACCGCUACUGAACUGGAUCCCGAUAUUGACUUUGCUGUAACUACACAGCUUUAUAUAAAGUACCUUUCUCCUGUUGUUUGCACUCAGCAAGAGCUUUUCCGGCGGACGGAUGCGCUCCUCUACUGCGCAAGCCUCAGGAGUAGGACCAAAGAAGUGCUCCU